GAGAAUCUGGGUCUAGUUCUGCCCACCGGAUUCAGGAAGGACGGACCGGUUAAGCAGGCGUAACUAACUGUUGCAGCCGUUCCGGCCUUCUGGAUCCAACUUCAGGCAAAGCGGGGCGAUUAUGCUAAUUCCGCGAGAAGCUGUUGCCCGGAUCUGGCAGAGCGCCGCGGGAUUAAGGAGGCGAAGCCACAUGCCGAAAGGGAGGCUGCAGCGUGACUUCUUUUGCCCGCACGUGGCUAGAGGACGGGGAAGCCCGCGAGUGGCACCCGGGGUUUGAAUAGGCUGUGCUGGGAAUAGAUCUCCAGAGAUGCACAGGAUGAUUUGAAGCACCAUGCUGAUUGCUGCCUAUGUCGCUUUUGCUUUGCUCCUACUGAUAUGUUUGGGCUUGGAGUUCUCUGCCUGCCGCUCCAGGCUCACCAGCAGGUCUUGCUCCAACCCAGCCUUCUUGCGGUUCCAGCUAGAUUAUUAUCAAGUCUAUUUCUUGGCUCUCACAGCCGAUUGGUUGCAAGGACCUUAUCUUUACAAACUCUACCAGCAUUAUAACUUCUUGGAGGCCCAGAUCACCAUUAUUUAUGUUUGUGGCUUUGCCUCAAGUGUGUUGUUUGGACUGGUUUCCAAUUCCUUGGUUGACCGCUUGGGCCGAAAAAAGUCUUGCAUCCUCUUCUCCUUGACUUACUCUGUCUGCUGCCUCACAAAGCUCUCCUGGGAUUAUUUUGUUCUAAUUGUAGGAAGAAUAUUAGGAGGGCUGUCCACUGCUCUCCUGUUCUCUGCCUUUGAGGCAUGGUACGUGCAUGAGCAUGUGGAGCGCCACGAUUUCCCAGCCGAGUGGAUUCCUGCCACCUUCUCCAAGGCUGCCUUCUGGAAUAGUAUAAUUGCUAUUGGAGCUGGUGUAGUAGCCAAUAUCUUUGCUGAAUGGUUGGGAUUUGGCCCAGUAGCUCCCUUCAUGGUCUCUAUUCCCUUUCUUGUGUUGGCUGGUACCUUGGUUAUGAAGAAUUGGGAUGAGAAUUAUGGAAAGAAGAGGGCACUGUCCAGAACUUGCACUGAUGGCUUGAAAUGCCUUCUCUCCGAUCGCCGUGUCCUGCUUUUGGGGACUAUUCAGGCCUUAUUUGAAAGUGUCAUCUAUAUCUUCAUCUUCCUCUGGACUCCAGUCCUGGAUCCCUACAACCCACCUCUAGGUAUUGUCUUCUCCAGUUUCAUGGCUGCCAGCAUGGUUGGAUCCUCACUCUACCGUGUGGCCACGUCCAAGAAAUAUCACCUCCAGCCCAUGCACAUCCUGUCUCUUUCAGUCCUAAUGGUGUUUUUUUCACUCUUCAUGCUGACUUUCUCAACCAAUCCUGGGCAAGAGAACCCCUCGGAGUCCUUCUUGGCCUUCCUCCUCAUUGAGCUCUCAUGUGGGCUCUACUUCCCUUCCAUGGGUUUUCUCAGGCAAAAAGUGAUUCCUGAGAAGGAUCAGGCAGGUGUGAUGCAUUGGUUCCGUGUGCCAUUGAACCUACUGGCUUGCCUUGGGCUACUCAUCCUCCAUGAUAGUGAUUAUAAGACAGGCACCAGGAAUAUGUUCACCAUCUGCUCUGUCAUGAUGGUAAUGGCCCUCUUGGCUGUUGUAAGCCUCUUUACUGUUGUCCGAAACAAUGCAGAGCUCAGGCUGCCCAGUUCAUCUAGUCAGGCUGAGACAUCUCCUGAGCUCUGAUUGAGAGUAUGCCAAUUGUCCAUAAUGUGUUACAGAGCCAUUACUGUAUAUAACCAAGGAGUCUGCAAGGAGAACACUGAGCAUCUGCCAAGUCCUAUGUGGCUGUCUUCCACAUAACCAGAGGAGUGAAGUGGAUGCACAUCUAAUUUUCUUCUUUUCAACAAUUAUGGGCCACAUUAAGAACUUGGUUACAUCUAUGUCAAGCAUAGCUUUUUCCCCUUUCUCCCUUUUCCCCCACCUUGGGAGUUUGAAUUCCAGUAGCUGCUUGGCUUCUGCUAGCCAAAUGUGGAGGUUGCUGACUACUACUUCAUCCUGAAUUGAUGGUGAUAGACAAUGGCUUACAAGACAAAGCAGGGUUUCUUUUUCUUUUUUUUUUAAAGCAACAGUGAAGUUGAUAGACUGCUUGUCCAAUAUCAGUAUUGAACUUGGUAGCCGGAUCAGCUGUAUUCUAUAAUCAGCAGUAUCAGCCACGUUCUAUGAUCUUCUGCUUUUUAAAAAAAAUAAUAAACUGAAAUUAAACAUAAA